AUGACACCACCGCUCUCCAGAGCCCUUUUUUUAGGUCUGGUCUGUGGCGCGCGCGCUGUCUCCCUCUCCCUCCCCUCCCCCCUCCUCUCUCUCUCUCUCUCUCUCUCUCUCUCUCUCUCUCUCUCUCUCUCUCUCUCUCUCUCUCUCUCUCUCUCUCUCUCUCUCUCCCUCGCUCACUUACCACGCAAGAGCAGUGGAUGUGCGACGUGGCAGGCGUGUGUAGGCAAACAGGCGCCGCCCGGUUUUAAUGCCGUGGCCAAGAGGGAGCGGUUUGGUCAGCUCGAGUAUCAAUCCGACACAGCAGACGGCGCCAUCUUGGACCACAUCCGCGAUGGGCGCGAGGCCUCGAGCAAUGCCCGCGAACUCGUUGCCUUUGGUCAUGCUGUCUCGGGCCGUGAUGAUCGUCCCAUGCACGAGCUGACGCGCGCCCUCAUCACUUCCAGUUCCCUCAUCAACAGCGUCUGGUCCACUUUGCAAGACCUUGGCCAUCAACUCAGCCUUCAGGAGCUGAGCCCUGACCGGUUCCUGGAAAGUGACUCUAUCAUCCAAACGAUGGCCACGCACCCGCGCCUCCCGCUCCUGGCAUUGGGUCGGCGGGACGGCUCCAUUGAGCUUCGUGACUUGACCAACACCCGCGUCAGUGUGGCAUCAAACAAGUCGUCUCGCAGCAUUUCAUCACUGUCCUGGUGCCCGACAGUCCCAGGCUUGCUGGCCGUUGGCACCUCUGAAGGCGCAUUCUUGGUUCGCUUUGACGCCAACACGACAAGCUGGUUCUGCUUUGCCAAGAUGCCUUGCAAUGCGGUUGCCUUCUCCCCAUGUGGUCAAUACGUGGCAACCAGCCCUACCCGAGGUGGCCUGCUCAUUUAUCAUCCCGCAACAGAUCACGCAGCCCGCGUCAACUGGACCUCGCGCCUAACUUUUUUGCGCUGGUCCCCGACUGCACGCUUUCUUCUAGCCGCCUCUGUUGGGCCGAGCUUUUUGGUGUAUGAUGUUGAGACUUGGCGCAGCCGACGCUUUCAGACCAAUACCCGUCCCCUCGUGGACGCAUGCUGGGCCAAUGACGGCGAGCACCUCCUGUUCAUCGUGCAGAACGACAACUGCCUCCAUCACCUUGAGCUUCGAUCGCUUCAAGAUAGUCACCUCCGCGUCGCUAUCGAGUUUCCUCUGGCCUCCAUGAUCGAUAACAAAGGCAUUGAUGUGCAAGUCGGCGGUGCCAUUGCCGGCCUCGCUUGGAACUCAGCCUGCACCCGUUUGUGUGUCAUCUUUCAGGAUGGCCCAGGCCAAGCACGCGAGCACCUCUUGGUGUGCCGCACAAGUAUUGAGGGUCGUCACCUGACUGUGGCGCCCACGGGAUUCUUGCGUGGCCCUGAGGAGUCUCGACCCCAGGACGUGGCCUUUGCCGUGAGCGGUUCAAAUUCUGCUGAAGGCCAAACUGAAGCUAUUCAGACUGAUGAAUGGGACUCGGAGCGAGAGGAUGAAGAAUUUUGGGGUGUGGCAGGAGACGUUGCACCUCCCACCUCAGCCAUGAGCCUGGCUUCAACACACUCAGAGCGCAGCUCAAAGCCAGAUCCAGCGCUGAAACAAACUAGCCCCAAGCCCAGUCCAAAGCUAGAACGCGCGCUGCAACCUGAAGCGCCAGCGUCGCCCCACAAGCUGGGUGCGGCUGCUCUACCAAAACUGACAGAACCAGCGUCAGAGCGCGCCAAGGCUCGUCUUAUUCUGAUGCACGGGCCCUCAGGUUCCGGCAAAAGCACCUUUGUCCAGCUUUUGCUUCAGGAGGCGACUGCUCAAAACCCAGAACAACCAUGGAUCCGCAUUUCUCAAGACCAAUUGCGCACCUCAAAGCGCUGCAUUGCUGUGGCUCAAGAAGCCUUGGCCAAGCGUCAUGUGGCUGUCAUUGAUCGAACGCACCUCUCACAAACCCAGCGCGCCAAAUUCGCGACCAUCGCGCUCGACCUCGGUGUGCCCGUCGACGUUGUGUCCAUGCAAACGUCAAUCUCAGACUGCAUUCGUCGAGCCCAACGACGCCAGGACCACGAAACUGUCAAGCCAGAAGAUGCUGCUCGGGUCAUCGGCAUGCAGACCAAAGCCGCGGACUGCUCUGCUCCAGAACCCCAUGAGGGCUUCCGCUACAUUUACAAAGUGGGGGGCACGUCCUCCGAGGCUAAACGCGUAGUCUUGGGUAAACCACCAACGCGUAUUGGUCGUCAAACAACACUUCAGGCCUUUGUGCAAAGACCCAAAAGUCAAGCUUCAGCCACUCUCGCCCCUCCUAGUGUCGACUCUUGCGCCAGUGGAUCUACGCUCGUGGUCCCAGAUACGCUCUGCGAGGGGUCGACAUCUGUACCUGAUACCUUCCCGCUGUCGACCACAGGCACACCUGUAGCCGCACAAACAGAAAGCACGGGCCGCACCCCUCCUCGCUUGGCCACCAAGGCGCCCCCAACGUGGACCUGUGGAUUCUGCACAUUUGACAACACCAACGUUUUAGCGCCCGUUUGCGCCAUGUGCCAACAACCGCGCCCUACUGGCUUGAGCCCCGAACCAGACCUAAAACCUGCACCCCAAAUGCCCACCACAUCCCGUGCUGCAGACUCGGUGAUUGCAAACCCAGCAUCAUCACCAACGGAACCGGACAUGGGGCGCAAAGUAGGAGACGGGAACGAUGGCAUCACGCUUCCCUCCACAGCCCAUCUUAAUGAGCAGCCCGACUGGGUGGCACCUUGCCUUGUGGUCGUUGGUCCCACUGCGCUGCGAGCCAAGAUCGAGGCCUGGAGAACCACUGAGAUGGGCUCACCGCCCCGUCCGGCCGACUCAAUGUACAACUUUCUCGGCGCUAUCCCCUUGUUGGAACCCUUUGAUAUUGAUGCGGCACAAUAUGAGGCCUGCAAGGCCGUUGUGGCUACAGCAGCUGCGACGGCUUCUUGCCCUCCUCCGACCUCGUGCCUACUGCAAAGAUGGAUUUUGGGCACCAAGGUCAUGGGCCUCCGUGUCCAGACCGCCUCAGGUCGCGAAUUUGCACAGCACUUGAAGGACCAACUCGACGCCUGGGGAGCAUCCUUGGCAAGCAAGACGACAGCUCAGCCGCUGCAGACCCGAGUCAAGCGUGCAGACUUUAUGAUUCUAGCUCAGCAUUUUAGUGCCACAGGCCAGGACAAGAUGCAAAAAGCCACGGCGAAGCAACCAGCUCAUGCCAAAAUCGCGGCCAUCCGAGCCAAGAACGGUCAGCGCGAACAGCGAUUUGAGCGAGCCAAGGUCGAGAAGGCAGAAAGUGACGCGGUCGAUGCCGAGCUGGAGCGCCAAGCUCGGCGCGAGGCACGCGAGCAGCGUCGUCUCGAACGAGAGCGCAAGGAGCGUGAGCGCGAGGCCAAGCAGCGCGAAGAGUAUGAGGCCAAACGACAAGCCAACAUCGCGGCACAGGAACGCCUGCAGCAGGCAGCCCGUGGACGAAACGCAGACGAGAAGCGCACGGCUGAGCGGGCUUGGCAAGAGGAGCGUCAACGCAUCGAUGCUGAGCGGAUAGCGCGACAUCAACGCAAGACGGAGGAGGGUGUCGAGUGGGCCCGCGAAUGGGAUCAGGGGCACCACAAGGCACAUCAGUAG